ACGCCAUUUUGUUUGUUGGCUAUUUAGACUCGAAUAACAAGACAGGGUUAGGGUUAGGGCUAGCCCUGUCUACAUCUUUAGACUAUGACGAAAUCUACAGGUCCUAGCCCUUACCCUAACCCUUAUCCUAACCACAAUCCACAUAUGACGUCAUUCGAACCUAAAUAGUCAACAAACAAAAUGGCGUCAAAAUCGGAUAAAUUUAUCUCUUAUAGAAGCUAAACUACGGUAAAAUAAAAAAGUUAUUGACCGGAUUUGGCUGAAAUUUCGUGUGAGGUCAUGGCUAGUCCCCGUGAACACCCCCUGAAAAUUUCAAGUCUCUACGAUCACAGGAACUGGUAGAGGAAUGGAUGUUGAUCUUGGUUUAUUUGAAAGAAUACAAAAAAAGAGACAACAGAAUAGGGAUGCAAAUGAUAUACCAACAUCACAUGAGCAUAAUUGUGGAGAUAUUGUGAGGAAUAGAAUUGUUAAUCUAGAUGUUUCUAGCAGUCCAGAGCCAUGCCAUUUAAUUCCCAAAGAAGAUCAGUUAUUUGCACAUGACACACUAAGCCCAAAAUUUUCCAAAAUAGUGAAGAAAAUAAGUAGCAAUGGAAGAAUUCGGAAUGCAGAAAAAAUACCAAACUCUAGGCAGAAAAAAGGUUUAAAAAAAAAUUAUAAUCCCAAAUUAACACCAGGAUUAGAUUCCAUGACUGUGGGAAGGUCAAACACUCCAAUUUUAGACAAUAAAGACCAUGAAAACUGUAUGGAAACUGCUGCUAAUAUCUUGAAAACUAUUGGUGGUAAAUAUGUCUACAACGCCGACAGAUGUUGUGAAACUGUUGGUGAAACUGUUACUCAAGAAUGUCGCCAUGAGGAUAAGAAACAGGGAGAUGCCUUAGAAAGAUUAAAAAUCGUGCGCGAAAAAAGGAAGUCUCGAGGUGAAAUGUCACCAGAAAAACCAGAUGUCAGUAAUAAAUUUCCUCGAUAUAAUUCUGGGUUUUUAGGUUGGCCGUCAGAAUCAGAAUCUUCUAGUGAGGGUGAAGAUUUCAUUCCAUUAAGAUCUGUUUUACCAAAAUCAAAGGCAUCGGCUAGUUCUAUGAAUGUAACCAGUAAUAGUUUUAAAUCUAAGCACAAUAGCACCAACUAUUCUAAUUUCAAGUCUAGUGUAUUUGAAGUGAAUACCAACUGUGAAUCUGGUGUAAGGAAAGUCAAACCAAAAAUGUUGAAACGAGUCCUUUCUCUUAACAAUAGCUGUGAUAAAUCACAAUAUCCUUUCUCUGAUUCAAUACAAAAUUUACCUUGUGAUAAGAACGGAAAAAUUAUAGGUUCAGGAUCUUUAAAAAAUCAUCAAAUUAGUACACAUAAAGAAAUUGAUGCAGAAAUUCUUCCGACUACAAAUUCAACAGCAAGUGGUGCCAUAACAAAAAUCAAAACAUCUGGAAAGGGAAGGGUGAAAGCAAAAAUUUCAGGAAGUCCUAGUACUGCUUUAAUUCACCCAGCAUCGAAUUGCGAUGACAUAUUUUCAUCACCAUUUUUGUAUACAGAAAACAAGUGUGUUCCGAGUUUGAAUAAAAAUAAAAGUUCAUCCCCAGCUCUGACAGAGCGAAUUAAUACGAUUCCACAAAUGCAUUCUCAAAGAUUACAUGAUAAUUUGAAACAACAGCAGACAUUUCCCAAACUUUCCACAUCAACAGAGUCAGGGAAUCUAAGUUCUGGGGAUGUUUCUGCUUCCCACACACCUCGUAUUGAUUCACCAGAUUUAAUUUUGCUUGGUAUUUCUCCACCAAACUUAACAGCCACUCAGCGUCGAGGUAAACAACAGAGAACAGGAACAAGAGCAGCUGACCUGCGAAAUCAUAGAGCUACAAGACAGACCGGUAGAAGAAUAAAUAAUAUACCAGCUGAAGCCCAUGUUGAUGAUGCUGUACAGGUAAUACAACAGAUAACUACUGAUGAAGAUUAUGCUAGAAAAUUACAGGAGGAAAUGGAUAAAGAAUUUGCCGUUUCAUUGGUACAAGGUCAGGGUUACCAUGACACAACUCCAGUGCCUGCACCAAUAUCACAACCAUUCCCUACAGAUCCUACAAACAGGCGUAAUCUAGAUUUUCUACAUGUUAAUAAUUUAAACUUUGGACCUCACCACUGGCAUUCUCCACCCAGAAGGAGAGCAGCUCAUAAUGCUCGUGCUGCUGCUGUUGUGCGAAAUAGAAGACUAGCAACGACUGCUGAUAUGCAUGUUGAUAUCGACAUGAUCGAUGGUGCAAGUGAUGGAUUUAACGCAAAUUAUGGGGUAAAUUUAUUGAAUCCAAGAUAUGUGGGAGCAAGUAAUGCGUUAGAAAUGAUGGAGAGUCAUUUGAUGGCUUUAUUAGAAGAUAAUACACCGCCUAGAAGAGGUAGAAGACGUGGUAACAGACGUAAUCCUCGAUCAUAUGGCACAGGCUUUUACUCUCCUGUUGGUGAUGGUAAUGAUUAUGAGACAUUAUUACAACUAGCUGAAGAGUUAGGAGAUGUGCAACAGAAAGGUAUUUGUGAUGGAAAGAUUAAUAGAUUACCUGUUAAACAGUAUAAAACUUCAGAUAAAUCUUCCACAGAUCCUGAAGAUUGUUCUAUAUGCAUGUGUGAAUAUGAAGAAGAUGAGAAUCUUCGUAUUUUACCAUGUUUUCAUAGAUUUCAUGCUAGAUGUGUUGAUAAGUGGUUACAAAAUAAUGCCUCCUGUCCAGUUUGCCGUGUCCAGGUUAAACUAGAGUGAUACCGUACUUCAGUUUGAUGUCAAUGAUACAUUUUUCCUAUACAAAUUUAUUGAACAUAUGAAUGGUUUUUAUACAUCAAAUAUUGUGUACUAUUUUAUUACAUGAACAAGAUUGUAUUACAUGUAUGUGUGUGUUAUGGUGAUUGUUAUAAAAUGGCUAAUCUGUUUAGUUUUAAAUACAUUUAAGCGGCGUUUACACUAUACAAUCAAUCCAUACAACCGUCGGAUGCAACCGUCGCAUCCGACCAACUGAUCAGACAAAUGGUCGGAUGGACGGCUUAUUGCAUGGAUAGGAUCAGUUCUAUUCUCAUCCGACCAACUCAUGCAAUAGCCAAUCAAAGUGCGUUAUAUUAGACAACGUCAUACGCCGUAUGGCGUCAUAUCUGACUUGGCAACCAGAAUUCCUGAUUAAAGAUGUCUUCUUCUGUCGCUUCGAGUACUUUGAUGUCCUCUAAAAUGGAUCUAAACCUAUCCUGGACUGAAUUAGAAAAUCUAAUAACUCUGUAUAGGAAGCAAGGUCUUUGUUGAAUCCCCGGCAUCAACACUACACGAAGACGGGGGUGAGAAGUGUCGUCUUACUGCCAUUUUAUUCAGUUACUAAGAAGGAAUAAAUGUUGCCAUACAACGACUAGAACCAUUGUAUCGUGUAAACAGUCGUCCAAUAUGUUGCAUCCAACAGUUGUAUGGAUUGAUUGUAUUGUGUAAAUGCCGCUUAACACAUACAAAGUACAAGACUUUUACUAAUGCUGUAAUUAUUACAAAGGAUAUUCGCUACCCGGGUGGCAUAGAGUAAUUCCCCACCCGUUUUCAUUAUUAGCCACCCAUUUUGUUUGAAAAAUUGAUAUUCUUUGUCCUUUCAUGAUGUCUGGUUGAAGGGUAAUGCUACCAAACACUUAAAAUAGCUUAACUUUAUCCUUAAAUAUGAACAGACAUAAUUUUCUGCAGUAAAAAUGCAAAAAUGGCUCAUUUCAUAUAAAGUGAGCCAUCAUGACCAAAAAUUAAAUUAAUUCUGAUAGACGUGAAUUGUAAAUUUUAUGAUGCUAGAACACCCCUUGACCCUUGUUUAAUUCUACCACAAAUUUAGAGAUACAUUAUUGGAGAUAAGAUAAAGAGAUGGCAGUUCUCGCUAUAAUAGUUAAAAUCUAGAUAGUGUAAAGGUAAUUUGCUGAAAAUUUCAGUCAAAUUGAUCCACUAUGAGCCGAGAAUGAAGUGGGUGAAAUUUUCGCAUAGUUUCGGUCAUCAUUUCUAAAAGCAUUAAUAUAAACGGCAUAGUCUCGAUUAUCCACUGUUUUGAUAUAGGAAUCUAAUCCAGCCAAUAUCGAAGGCUAGCCUUGACAUCGAGAGUUUAUUAUGGUCUGGAUAAGUUAAUUAAUGUCUAAUUGAUAAUUUAGAUAACAUUUCAGGCCUAAAGAAAGAAUUGUAAUAAGCAGAUUUUGCUCUUGCAUAAUGUAUGUUUAAGACACCUGUUUGAAAUAAUUUGUAAAAGAAAUGUUGUAAUUUCACCUAUUCAUUACUCAAUACAUUUUUACAAAGCAGAAAUGUGCCUGUCAAUAUUUUAUGUCAAAGAAUAGCACCCAAACUUAAAUAAAUAUAUGUACUGUUGCACUAAACUUUGCUUAUUCCUCUGUAACUUAUGUGACAGAUUUAUAUACUUUAAUGCUUUCAUGUUCACAUGGUUUACAAUAAUUUUAUAAAAAUGUGUUAACAAUACACUGUAUCUAAUUUUAAUGUUUAGUUCUUGAAUGAAGUAAGUCUGAUUUAAUCAUUUUUAUACGCCCACAUUUUCACGUGGACGUAUUAUGCCGUCGCCCCUGUCCGUCCGUCCACAAUUGUUUGUGGACUCUCUACAGGUCACAAUUCUUAUCCGAUUUUGAUGAAAUUUGAAAUAUAGGUUUAUCCCCAAAAGAUCUUGACUGCUUUCGAUAUUGGCAUGUAUCGGAUCAACACUUCAUGGAUUAUGGUCCCUGAUUGUACGAAAAAUCACGUUUUUAGCUUGUGGACCCUAUAGAGGUCACAAUGUUUAUCUGAUUUUGUUGAAACUUGAAAUGUAAGUUUAUAACCCAAAGAUCUCGGUUCCUUUCGAUAUUCGUGCAUAUCGGACCGUAACUUCCUCAAUUAUGGCCCCUGAUUGUAUGAAAAAUCGCGUUUUUAGCUUGUGGACAUAAUUUUUAUCCGAUUUAAAAAAAACGUAUUAUUAUAUCACCGUUACACCCUAAGGACGGCUGAGUACGAAUUUCGUGAAAACCGGCCCAAAACAGACAGACAAAAUGGCCGCCCUUCGUUCUCAAAUAGCGUAAAAAUAUGGUAUGUCAAGGUUGUGGACGCUAUAGAGGUCACAAUUUUUAUCCGAUUUUGUUGAAACUUGAAAUGUAAGUUUAUAACCCAAAGAUCUUGGUUCCUUUGAAUAUUUGUGCAUAUCGGACCGUAACUUCCUGAAUUAUGGCCCCUGAUGGUACGAAAAAUCGCAUUUUUAGCUUGUGGACCCUAUAGAGGUCUUAAUUUUUAUCCGAUUUAAAAAAUGUAUUAUUAUAUCAGCGUUACACCCUAAGGAUGCCUGAGUUCGAAUUUCGUGAAAAUCGGCCCAAAACUGACAGACAAAAUGGCCGCCCCUCGUUCUCAAAUAGCGUAAAAAUAUGGUAUACCAAGGGUCCUGAAUUAUGGCCCCUGAUUGUACGAAAAAUUGCAUUUUAGCUUGUUCUGUAUUCAUCUCUUGAAAAUGUGGGCGUAUCCUAUGGUAUAUGGUACUGGCUAAUGCAACGCUUCAAUCAUCCUUUGAUACCAGUAGCUUCAAAAAAGCAAAAAAAAAAAAAUGUUAUGGACUUUGUGUUUUUGUUGAUAUCUUUUUGCCCAAAACAUAAUAAACUAAUAAAAUAACAUUUACUAUUGGAUUCAACAAAAAAAAUCAGAUUUACAUUGUACAAUGAUAUGCACCCCCCCCCCCCCCAAAUUUACCAACAUUCCCCCCACUCUGCAGCAAGAAUCUUUGCCCUUACAGUACUGCACAAUAUAUCUGUUUUUAAAUUCGGGAGACACUCAAUUAGAAUACAUAAUGAGAUGGGUAUUUACAUGUACAUGUAUAGGGUCAAUUUAUCAUUUUCAAAGAUUUGAGACUUUAUUGAAUUUCUUCUUUUUUUUUUCAACACAUACUUUUGAUACAGUAUUGUAGAAAGUCAUUGAAUUUUAGUUGUAUUAAGAUCUCCCUCCAAUGAUGCAGAUUUUCUAACUUCAUCAUAAGAGGUCUAUUAGUAGCCUAUUAGCAAUGAUUUAGUUAUAAAGAUUUUACCAAUAUACAUGUAUUGACAUCUCCAGCAAUGACGAAUGAAAUGGUUGUUGUUAAAGAUGAUGUGUAAAUAAAGAAAUGUAAAUUUACUAUUUACAGGUAUAAUGACUUUCAACAAUAUAGAAGUUUCUAUUACUGUAGUAAUAAAACACAUAAUGUCUCAAUUUUUGAAAAAAAUGAUAAAUGGAAUCUAGCCUUUAGAUUAUGGUGUUGGUGCCAAUAAUGCACCCCUAUGUAAAAUGUUUGUUAUACAUGUUUCAGAAGAAGAUACCAAAGAAAAUAAACCUCUUAGAUUGUAUUUUGGUAGGGGUUACUGAUAACUUAAUUAUAAUAUGAAGUUCCUAAAAACAAUCUUAAAAAAAUGCAAGAGAAUCAAUUUAAGCUUUUAUUUCACACAUGCGUAACUUAUGUGACAAACCCAUGUAACUUACGUGACGGUAUAAUUUGGUUUACACCAGUAAAUGUAUUCAUAAAUUUUUUUUGCUGUUGCUGAAUUGCAAAAUGGAAUGAAUAUUCUUUCAUAUUAUAUUUAAAAUAAUUUAGUCAUGUUUCACCAAUCACAGAAUUUUCAAUGCAAAAUGUCAAGUUAUGUUUAUUUAAAGGGCCAAUCUCGAUUAUAUUUUGGAUAAUAAAACUACUUAAACAUACAUUAUGCAUGAGCAAAAUCGGCCUAUUGUAGGUCUUUCUUUAGGCCUGAAAUGUUAUAAAAACUAUUAAUUAGACAUUAAUUAACUUAUCCAGACCAUAAUCAGGCUUGCCUGCGAUAUUUGUUGGAUUACAGUCCGAUUUGCUGCAAAACUUUCCUUCGUGAUUAACGAUUAAAUGGAUAAUCAAGACUAUUAGUUUUGUCUUAUCGUCUUCAGUAAUGAUGAUCGAGGCUAAGCGGAACUUUCAUCCGCUUGGUUCUCGGUUCAUAGUGGAUCAAUUUGACUGAAAUUUUCAGCAAGUUGCCUUUACAUUAUGUAGUUUUUAACUAUUAUAGUGAGAACUGCCAACUCGUUAUCUAAUCUCCCAUAAUGUAUCUUUAAUUUUGUGUGAAAAGCCCUUAAAGGGCUAAUCCCGAUAAUUUUUUAGAGAAUAAAACUGUUUAAUUUUGUUUUAAAAUUCUUUAAAGUUCUCUUCCUAAGGGCCGAGCAACUAACUCAAUAUUUUCAAAUAACUGAAACCCGUCAGUCUUCAUUUGUUAAUGGAGACCAGUGUCCCAAGUUGUAUUAUGCGGUGUCUAGAUAAAACCAGACAUUUUUUGUAUAAAAAUAAUGUGUAGGUGACAUUUGCCUUUCGUUAUCAAGUACAGCAUUUGGUUCAUUCACUGUAUAGACCUUUAAAGGAACGGCAAUCGAUUAUCAGGUCUCCCAGCGAAAGAAUUAACCCGAAAUCUUAAAAGGGUUACGUGUCCGGAUAAGCAGUUUUGACGGUCACGUCCAUACCGCGCUGAAAUUUUGAGACAAGGUAAAUACACCAUUCCUCUAUAUUUUGGCUCUUAAAUUUCAUACAUACUCAGACUUUUAUUUUUGAGACUCUGUUCAAGUAAGGGAUAGUCCGUUUAAAAUCCUCUACCUUAGGGCCGAACAACUACAUAACUCAAUAUACGUGAUACGUUUUCAAACAACUUAAAUCCGUCAGUCUUCAUCUGGAAAUACAGACCGGUAUCCAAAACUGUAUUAUGCGGUGUCUGGGUAAAACCUGAUUUUUAUUUUAUAAAAAUAAUGAGUAGGUGAAAUUUAACUUUCGUUAUUAAGCAGAGCAUGUGGGUUAUGCAUUGUAUAGAUCUCUAAAGGAAAGGCAAUAGAAUAGAUUAUCAGGUCACCCAACGAAAAAAUUGACCUGAAAUCUUAAAAGGGUUACCUCUCCAGUUAAAGGGCCAAUCCCGAUAAUAUUUUUGAGACUAAAACUGUUAAUUGUGUUAAAAUCCUCUACCUUAGGGCCGAGCAACUAACUCAACAUAUGUGAUACAUUUUCAAACAACUUAAGCCCGUCAGUCUUCAUCUGGAAAUGGAAACCGGUGUCCCAAGCUGUAUUAUGUGGUGUCUGGAUAAAACCAGACUUUUUUUUAUAAGAAUAAUGUGUAGGUGAAAUUUACUUUUCGUUAUGAAGUACAGCACAUGGGUCAUUCAUUGUAUAGAUCUCUAAAAAAAGGGAAUUGAUUAUCAGGUCAUCCAACGAAAAAAUUGACCCGAAAUCUUAAAAAGGUUACGUGUCCGGAUAACCAGUUUUGACGUUCAUGUCCAAAUGACUCAAUAUUGUGAGUUGAAAUUUUGAGACAACGUAAAUACACCACUCCUCUAUAUUUUGGCGGUUAAAUUUCAUACGUACUCAGACUUUUAUUUUUGACGUUCACAUCCAAAUGACUCAAUAUUUUGAGCUGAAAUUUUGAAACAAGGUAAAUUACACGAUUCCUCUAUAUUUUAAAUUGGCGCUUAAAAUCGGGAUGGUCCUUUAAUUAAAUUUUUUUGCUUAAAAACAUUGUGUUAAAUUGUGGGAAAACCACCUGCUUUAAAGUUUUGAUAAUUAUUAAUUUUCAAAAUUGACAGGAUUGAGAUAUUCUGAUGCAUUUAAAUAUUGAUUUAAUUGAUAUCACGCAAUUUUACAGAGCUAAAAACUGCUCCGUAAUAUAACUUACGUGACGUCAAAUGGGCCAAAUAACUUCACCACAAAUACUCAUUGAAACAUUGCCAUUGAAUGGCUAUUUAUUAGUCUCGGUCACCCGGAAUAUCCUAGUCUUCAACGUACGUAUUUGAUGAAAAGUUCAUUGCCUGUGCGUAACAGAGAGUUCGUUUUUUAAUGUCAGUUGAUUACAUAGAGCUAUCGAGUCCGCACUGAUCACGUGACAGCGUGCCGACACGGGGCCAUGUCCGCCAUGUUAAUUCCCGGGAGUUGACGCUGACGACCAUUAGAUCUUUUAAAUCGUGUUUUAUAAUCAAUAUGCCAGAAAGUUGCUGCUGUUUUGGCUGCUCAAACACCCGAAAAAGGGGUAGUGGAAUAGCGUUUCAUAGGUUAGAUUGAUUUAUCAACUGUACCUGUCAAAAAUCGGUCCAUUCUUCUAGUUCUAGCACUUGGUUAGGACCAAGCUCAGUCCCUCCAAGUCCAAUGUAAACGUCAAUACUCAAUAACAAUCGAAUUAAUGUCAUUAAUAUGAUGUGAAGACCUAAUCUAAAAGUCAUUUUAAAAUAAAAGAAACCCUUUUUUACUACUAAAUCUUUAUAAGAAACUUAAGAUAUAUAAUAAAUGUUCAUGUCAUAAUAUUUUGCGAAACACAAACAAGUUCAGCUGAACAAGCGAAAACAAACAAAUUAGCCCAAUGAAGAAUGAAAAGGGGUUUAACGUCCUAGCGGGAUAAUGAAGACGGUCAUACGCCAUACGGUGUGCUCUAAGAGAAAUUUUGCCCGGACAGCAAUUGAAUUCCAACUGGCAAGGGUUCUUUACGUGCACGCCAAGGUGUAGGCCUACGGGACCUCGGUUUUCCGUCCCAUCCGAAUGAGACGCUGUCUCUGCAAUGCUCCCCGAAAACAAACACACUCAUUACUCAACCUUUCUAUAUAUAGAAACUAGAGUCCGCACUGAUCACGUGACAGCGUGCCGACAUGGGGCCUUGUCCUCCAUGUUAGUUCUGUGGAGUUGACGCUGACGACCAUUAGAUCUUUUAAAUCGUUUUUUAUAAUCAAUAUGCCAGAAAGUUGCUGCUGUUUUGGCUGCUCAAACUCCCGAAAAAAUAGUUGUGGAAUAGCGUUUCAUAGGUUAGAUUGAUUUAUCAACUGUACCUAUCAAAAAUCGGUCCAUUCUUCUAGUUCUAGCACUGGGUUAAGGUCAAGCUCAGUCCAAUGUAAACGUCAAUACUCAAUAACAAUCAAAUUAAUGUCAUUAAUAUGAUGUGAAAACCUAAUCUAAAAGUCAUUUUAAAAUAAAAGAAACCCUCUUUUACUACUAAAUCUUUAUAAGAAACUUAAGAUACAGUAGAACUUGCUCGGGCGUGCACUCCUAAUCAGCGAACACUUGCUUCAACGAGCACCAAAAAAUCCCCCCGAGCGAUUUUUCAGUAAUUUAACCCCUACUAAACACGCACCUGUUCAACGCGUGCAACGGGCAUCACGAUUAAUUCCCCUCGUAAAAAUUCUACUGUUUCAACGGUCACUAUUUUACUAAUAAAUUCAACAAAACAUUCAACGGUCAUUGUUGAAUGAUACCAUCUUGUCGUUCUUUCUUUGUAACAUGCCCGCUAAUCCCGUGAGUAGUAGUUAAUUAACUGGACCCCCACUGAUCAGGUAAAAAGAAAUGUAAAAAUAACAAUCAACCCGGGAUUAUCUGUUUAUUAAUCUUUUGUUUUAUUAAACGACUAACCUGAUCAUUGUUUUCACGCGUAACGACACAUUAUUUGAUACUGAUUGAAUAAAAUAAAAGUACCAAGUUUUAUCACGAUCAUCUAGUAUCUCUUUUCCAUUGCCACUUUGUUGUUAAACAGACGUUUUAGCUCCCCCUAUAAUAUUACAUAAAGAGUUACACCCCCAGUAAAUCGGUGAUAAAAUCAGCGAUGGUUUUUUGUUCAUGUGCUUUUUUGAUAAAAUAAAAUUAAUUCAUCUAUUUUCUUCACAAAAAUGGAUGAAUAUUAUCGAAUGCAUCACAAUGGUAGACAGUAGUAUCGAAGGUUGGUACAAAAUGACAAGUUUACAGAAGUUAUGUUCGAGAUUUGAGUAACUAAUUUUCGUUAGGCGCAAGAUUCAGCGACGGUCAAAUUUAUCGAUGCAAGUAUUGAUGUUCGCUCCCAAUGCACCCAAGCGUAAUUAAUUUAUGUCAGCACAAAAAGCACCGAGAUUUUAUUAAGUGGUCGCGUAAUCGCUAAAAUAGUUGGGGUUGGAAAUCAUCAAAUUCACGGCAUUUUGAAACGCUUUUAGACGCUAUGAUUCAGUAUGAUGAAAGUAAAAAGAAAUAUUGGGGGCGAGAGAUCCAGUAUUACUUAACAAACAUGUAUACGCGACUACUUUGAAUUCACAACUAGAUAAAAAAAAGUACAUGUAUUGUUAUUGUUAUACUACAUGAAUAAAAAAUAUAUGCAAUCUA